GUUUCGAUGAUGCUGGUCGUCCAUGUCGUAUUGUUCUUCUACGCACUUCCCUCACAAUAUGAAGCCAGGCUUUCUUACGAGUAUCCCAACAAUACUCAUUUUCAAAAAUGUGUAAGCACCAUCAUAAAAAAAAUAGUUAAUGAUGUACGAGCGAAUUCAAUACUUUUGAGAAAAUCAGGCACAAUGUUUCGCACUCCGAACAUGGCUUACUUCAUAGCUGCCGGGAACUACAACGAUUUCAUUAAUAAUUUCCCCGAUUUAACCGAAGAAAAAUAUUGGCUCCCGACAGCACGAUUUUUAAUCAUGAUCAAGGAUUUAACGACUACCAGUUUAGGCAAAAUCUUCGAUCUUCUACUGAAAUAUAACGUUAUCAAUGUUCUUGUUCUGAACGAGAAUGCAGACCCCGAUCUGUACACUUAUAAUCCGUUCGAAAACUACGGAUGUGGCCAGCGUUACGAUAGGAUCAUCGAAUACGGAAAAUGUUCCAUGUCGCAAGAGAACUUAUACCCAUACAAAUUGAUUACGGGACUUAGAAAUUGCACGUUCAAAGUCGGCAGCCCUCAAUGGCCUCCAUACUCUAUCGAUCUCGCAAAAAGUAAUGGCCCCGAUGGAGUCGAACAGAUGGUGCUAAGAGAAUUAGGCAAAUUGGAACACUUCCAAGUGAAUUUCACUAACAGUGGAGAUGGGGAAGCAUUCUCAAAGAUAGAGAAGGGAGUCGGGUCCUUGUAUAUGCUUCAAAAGCAAGAAAUACAAAUGAUGGCGGGAGGUAUGAUACUGACGUACCCGAGAACGAAGGAGUUCGACUACAUAUGGGGGCACCUCGCGUACACGGAUGAAAUUUCAUAUCAAGUCAAGAGAGCUACAGACGUCGCGACCUGGAGAUAUACGUACUUGGAAUUCGAUGCGUUGGUUUGGACCGUAUUUAUUUUAGCCUUUCUCGUUUUCUUGCUCAUCUUCGUCAUCUUCGUUCGUCCGAAGGACAAGGGCCGCAUCGUGCUUAAAAUGAUCGGAUUCUUAUUUCUCGCCGGCAACAGAAUUCGAGGGAAUUUCUUUACGAGGUAUCUUUUCAUUCACUGGGUUUUGUUAGCGUAUAUCAUAAAUGUUUACUACGUAUCCAAUCUAGUAAGCUUCACGACCAAUCCCAUUAGAAAAUACCAGGUGUGUGAAGAAGAGGAUUUGGUAAAGUACAACUUGCAACCCUGCGUGAGUCCUGUUAUUAAGGAUUUUAUGUCAUCCGUGGAGGUGAAUGAAUCUUUUAUUGACAUUCAACGCGAAGGUUGCGAAAAUUUGUAUGAAAGUAUUGAAACGGUCAGCAAAUCGGACGAGCUUUAUACUGUGGUGAUACAUUUAGUUGAAGCACGCAAGUUGAAGCAGUCAAGUUUAGUUUAG